AUGGACAUGACGAGCAUCAUUGCCUUCUGGCCAGCUGCUGUUGGCUUCCUCUUCCUGGUUACGUCGGACCUCCUCCUCCCCGUCCCUGUCUGUGGCCUCAUUUUGGUGGCGCUGAUGACCUACGGACGACAGCGCCUCCGUAAAGGCUUUGAGAUGGAUCAUGGCGACUUCAAGAGCGUUUGUGGAGAUUGCCUCUUCGUGAGCUUCUGCACUCCUUGUGCAAUCUCCCAGGAGGCCCGCCAUGCGGAGAAGGCCGCUGAAGUGAACCAUCCCCUGGUGGCUUCCAAGCGCCCAUUGGAGGCCGAGGCGACAGCACCCGCCCAGGGUGCGAUGAGUCAACCCGAGGCGGGAAGUACGCCCUCGCCACCACCGGCAGCCGCAGCGGCUCCUGCGCCAGCCAAGAAGGAGGAGCCGAAAGCCGACAAAGGUGCGGACUCCGACGAAGAGUUCUGA